GGGAACUGUGGGCGGGUUUGAGGGUGUUUGCGUUACCGUAGAGAUUUUGGUAGCGGAAUAUCCCGUGGGGAGCGAUAUCGCAUCGCCUAUUAGGACGUGCGGCGAUCAUGGCCCAGCCGGUGCCAGAGCACAUCAGCUUCCCGGCGGAGGAGGAGAAGAUCCUCGCGCUGUGGAAGGAAAUCGACGCCUUCCAGACCUGCCUGCGCCAGUCCAAGGGGCGGCCGCGCUUCUCUUUUUACGACGGGCCGCCGUUCGCCACCGGCCUGCCGCACUAUGGCCACAUCCUGGCCGGCACCAUCAAGGACAUCGUGACGCGCCAUGCCCACCAAAGUGGCUUUCAUGUGGAGCGCCGCUUUGGCUGGGACUGUCACGGCCUGCCCGUGGAGUACGAGAUCGACAAGACGCUGGGCAUCCGCGGCCCGGACGACGUGGCCAAGAUGGGCAUCGACCGGUACAACGCCGAGUGUCGCAAGAUCGUGAUGCGCUACUCUCACGAGUGGGAGACGGGCGUCGGCAGGAUGGGGCGCUGGAUCGACUUCCGUAACGACUACAAGACGCUGUACCCGUGGUUCAUGGAGAGCAUCUGGUGGGUGUUCAAGGAGCUGUACAGCAAGGGCCUGGUGUACCGCUUCAAGGUGAUGCCGUUCUCCACCGGCUGCAACACGCCGCUGUCCAACUUCGAGUCGGGCCAGAACUACAAGGACGUGGUCGACCCGGCAGUGAUCGUGAGCUUCCCACUGGACGACGAGCCGAACGUCAGCAUGGUGGCCUGGACCACCACGCCCUGGACGCUGCCCAGCAACCUGGCCCUCUGUGUCAACCCCAACAUGACCUACGUCCAGGUCCAAGAGAAAGAGUCUGGAAAGAAGUACAUAAUGAUGGAGGCACGACUGACGUCGCUAUUCAAGUCGGAGGAGGAGUAUACUGUGCUGAAGAAGAUGAAGGGUGCAGAGCUAAAGGGCAGGGCCUACAAGCCACUGUUCCCGUACUUCGCCAAGAUGAAGUCGUCGGGCGCCUUCCGCGUGCUAACGGACGGCUACGUGACGGAGGAGUCUGGCACGGGUGUGGUGCACCAGGCUCCCUUCUUCGGCGAGGACGACUACCGCGUCUGCCUGGCGGCCGGCGUCAUCACCAAGGGCAUGGACAUGGUCUGCCCGGUGGACGCCAGCGGCAAGUUCACCGACCAGGUCUCCCACUUCAAGGGCCAGUACGUCAAGGACGCCGACAAGCCGAUCAUGAAGCACCUGAAGGAGGCCGGCCGCCUGGUCAACGCCAGCACCUGCAAACACAGCUACCCGUUCUGCUGGCGUUCCGACACGCCGCUCAUCUACAAGGCGGUGCCGUCCUGGUUCGUGCGCGUGGAGCACAUGACGUCCCAGCUGCUGGCCAACAACAGCCAGACGUACUGGGUGCCCGACUUCGUGAAGGAGAAGCGGUGA